GAAGCGGGAGGUGCCGGCGGGCGGAGGGCAGGGCGGCCGCGGGGCGGGAGUGCCUCCCGGCGGAGGGGCCCGUGGCGCGGCGCCGCUUCCCCGCCAUGAACAUCGACGUGGAGUUCCACAUCCGCCACAACUACCCUUGGGCUCGGCUGCCGGCCAGCGUCAAGCAGGGUCUUGGGAACUCUCAGAGGGAAUAUGAGAGGCAGGUUGUGCUCUACAGCAUCCGCAAUCAGUUGCGGUACCGGAAUAACUUAGUUAAGCAUGUCAAGAAAGAUGAACGCAAAUAUUAUGAGGAUCUCUUAAAAUACAGUCGAGAUCAUCUGAUGUUGUACCCUUAUCAUUUGUCUGACAUCAUGGUAAAAGGUCUGAGAGUGACACCAUUUUGCUAUUACACAGGCAUAAUGGAGGAUAUAAUGAACAGUGAAAAAAGCUAUGAUUCACUGCCCAACUUUACUGCUGCUGACUGUCUAAGACUUCUUGGUAUAGGAAGAAACCAGUAUAUAGAUCUAAUGAACCAAUGUAGGUCUUCAAAAAAAUUUUUCAGAAGGAAAAGUGCUCAUGAUCUGUUACCUGUGAAACCUGUGGAGAUUGCCAUAGAAGCUUGGUGGGUUGUGCAGUCUGGCUACAUCACUGAGGAUGACAUCAAGAUCUGUACUACAUCAGAGAAGUCUGCUAUUGAUAAGAUAAUUGAUUCAGGUCCUCAGCUUGCUGGCUCGUUAGACUUCAACGUAGUUCACAGUUUGUAUAACAAAGGAUUUAUUUACCUCGAUGUACCAAUAUCUGAUGACAGCUGUAUAGCAGUACCACCACUUGAAGGUUUUGUGAUGAACAGAGUGCAAGGUGAUUACUUUGAAACACUCCUGUACAAGAUAUUUGUUUCAAUAGAUGAACACACUAAUGUGGCAGAGCUUGCAAAUGUCCUAGAGAUUGACUUAUCUUUAGUGAAGAAUGCUGUCUCCAUGUAUUGUCGGUUAGGCUUUGCUCAUAAAAAAGGCCAAGUAAUAAACCUGGAUAAUCUUCAUCCAUCAUGGAAGAAUGUUCCUUCAAUAAACAGACUGAAGAGUACUUUGGACCCUCAAAAGAUGCUGCUUUCAUGGGACAGUGGGGAAAACAGAAGUCCUAUACAGGAAGCUGGGUCAUCAGCCACAGAUACAGAUACCAACAGUCAAGAUGAUCCAGCAGAAACAGCCAGUGUGAGCAGCCUGAAUCUGUCCAGUGGACACACAAAGCGUAUUGCAUUCCUGUUUGAUUCUACUCUCACUGCCUUUUUAAUGAUGGGAAACCUUUCACCAAACUUGAAGAGUCAUGCAGUUACUAUGUUUGAAGUUGGGAAACUUUCAGAUGAGAGUCUUGACAGCUUCUUGGUGGAGCUGGAAAAGGUUCAAAGCACAGGUGAAGGGGAAGCACAACGGUACUUUGAUCAUGCACUUACCCUGAGAAACACAAUACUGUUCUUGAGGCACAAUAAAGACCUUGGAGCACAAGCUGUACAGCCUGAUCAACCCAAUAAUGGGUUUCCCUUGGACCUCUUAAGAUGUGAGAGUUUGCUUGGCUUGGAUCCAGCUACCUGCAGCAGAGUUCUCAAUAAAAAUUAUACUCUGCUGGUUUCCAUGGCACCACUCACCAAUGAAAUUCGACCUAUUAGCAGCUGUACACCCCAGCAUAUUGGACCUGCAAUACCAGAAGUCAGUUCAGUUUGGUUCAAACUAUAUAUUUACCAUAUAACUGGACAAGGACCUCCCUCUCUGUUGCUCUCUAAAGGAACACGUCUUCGAAAGCUUCCAGACAUUUUUCAGGGUUAUGAUCGCUUACUAAUAACGUCCUGGGGUCAUGACCCAGGAGUAGUUCCUACUUCAAAUGUGCUCACAAUGUUGAAUGAUGCUUUAACACAUUCUGCUGUUCUAAUUCAGGGGCAUGGCAUGCACGGAAUGGGAGAAACCAUGCACAUACCCUUCCCAUUUGAUGAAGCUGAGCAGCAGGGAGACUUCUCUCGUGUGAACAUGGGCAUUCAUACAGCUUUAAAAAUACUGAGAAACAAAGUGGACUUGCAGCAUUUUUGUGGCUAUGUCACUAUGCUGAAUCCUUCGAGUCAGCACACUAACAGAAAGCUGAGCAAUGCUUCUGAAGGAAGAGGAGAGACUGAACUAGCAUCAGGUUCUGAUGUAAAUGGUAGCACUGAAUCAUUUGAGAUGGUAAUAGAAGAAACCUCAAUGGAUUCUGCAGUCAAACAAAGUCUUGAAGUACCCACAACAGAACUGGAAUGGGUUCCCCUGGAGUUAUGCUUUGGCAUUCCACUUUUCAGCUCUGAGUUGAAUCAGAAAGUCUGCAGAAAAAUUGCCACUCAUGGAUUAUGUAGAAAAGAAAGCCUUCAAAAACUCUUGCAUUCCAGUAGAAAGCUGUCUCUGCAGGUCCUUAAUUUUGUUCAUUCAUUCCAGGAAGGUAUUUCAACGCUGGAUCAGCUCCAUGAUGCUGGUUCUUCGAGUUCACUUUUGCAACCUAUUUCUGCAGAUAUGGGGGUUCCACUUCCUGCCAAGAACCUCAUGUUCAAAGAAGGUGUCUUAUCUGAAUGGAAUGGAUGGUCCCCUUCUUCAGUUUUUUUCAACCACACCUAAGGAACAGGUCAAAGAGGGACUCUCAUGCAUUGGUCACUGAAUGCCUUUCUUCUAUUCUGGUUAAUUCCUAGUGCCAGCCACUAAGAAGUGUACUGCUGCUGCAGCAUCACCCAUGUAAAAGUAGUGUUACAAAAAUGUGUUGUAUUGCAGUAUUGGAGAAGUGCUUAAAUCGUCUACAACUUGUUACUAAUUACUGCAUAUCUUGCUGCAACAGAGAGCUUUUUAGCUGUCAGCACUGUUUUUAUCUUGAGACAAUCUUUCUUUUAUAACUAAACACGCCCUUUCUAGGCUUUCUGAUGAUUGUUAAAUUUCUACACUGUCACCACAAAAUUGCAAUAGUAGUUUUCUAUGUUCGUUACUCAGACAUAAAUUCUGUUUAAUUUUGUACUGUAUUACUGAAAAUCUUUCUGUAUAAAGGUAAGAGAUUUGGCUCUUCCUCCAAAAGCUCAGUGAUACCAACUGUUAUAAAAAAAAAGGUAUCAUGAUGAUAUGGGGCAUUAAGAGUUGUUGAAUUCUGUAGUUCAGCUGAACACUGGGGCCUUGACAAAUCAGUACAAUGCAAACAGAUUUGAUGUUUACAGGAGGCUUGUAGUGUAGACUUGGAGGCCUGCUGAACACUUAAGGCCACUUGAAGAUGAGUGGUGCACUUCCAUCCCUGGCAGAAUUUGAUGGAAUUGUGGAACUACAGAAGGGCUGAAGUGGUUGGUGCUGUUCCUGGGGUUCUUCAUGAUAAUGGAUUUAUCCUGCUCUUUGUAUGAAGCCAGGAGUGUCUGAGGUUUGAUUGCACUGGAUUAGUCCCUCAUUGUUAUAUGAAGCUGGUGAUGAUUCCUGUGGGAAAACUGAUGUCAUAAUUUGAGAUUAAGGUAGGUAACUAUAUCUGUCCUGUUAAUUAAUGUUUGAAAAACCAGAGCUCUUGAUUUUUCACUUGACAGUCAUUAGCAAAGGAAGAUGAUAGCAGAGGAUGUGUAGGCAGAGACUUCUUUGAAUCUGAUUUCCUUGAACCAUUAGCUGCUGGUGUGACAAACAUUAGCAGUGAACUGUUUGAUCUAAAAUCAUGUUCUGGCUCUCUUCAAAGGGCAUGAUUUUGUGUAGCAUGGUUUCACUUUGUGUUGGGCAUUAACAGCUUCUUGCCAGCUUAAAAAAGACUGUCCCCAAUAGCACACGAGAACGAGAGAUGUAAAAUGGUGACCUUUUACCCAGCUGUAUGAAGUACUCUGCCAACUCCCUUCUUUACUGGAACUGCCUUGUUUUAAAUAGUCAUAAUGAAAGGUGAGACUUAACUGCCCUGUCACUACCAGCCUACAGUACAUAAUGGACUGAGAAUCCGUGGAGUAGAUGGUGCUGGACAACAGCAAGGAUUAAAAUGGCAAUAUUUCUGUUGUAUCAGUUCUGUGUGGCUGUGAGAAAAAAACAUUACAGAGACUGGGAAAGAACAAGCAUACCACAAUUGGAUAAUGCAGUGGCUUCAGUUACAACUGUGAAAAUUCCAUCCUUGCUUUCCUUUGCUUUAUAUACAUUCCUGAAGUGUGUGAGACUUGCGCUCUGAGAAACUAUAGGUCUAUAGUAUUUCAGUUUGCUCAGUGCUGCUCUCUUACAUCUAUUGGUUUUGUAUUUUACCAGCAGCAGCUGAACUUGGUAUUCUGCUUAUAUUACAGGGCUAGAUUAUCUAUAUAAAGUUGAUAAUUUACAGUGACUUUGUACUGGACAUGUAUACUAUCCAUAGUGCUUUUUUUAAGUUGCCUUAUUUACUUCAAAAGAAGUUAAAGAGGAGAAUUUAAUGUCAAGCUGCUAUAAAUGGCAGAGGAAACAUUUACUGUGAGAGUUAUGUGAGGAUUAAGCCAAUAUCUAGCACUGUAGAGGAAUUAAGCAGUAGGCAAUGGCUUGUGCUGUCAGUACUAUAGGUGUUACUUUUAAAUGCUACAGUGAGCUGUAGUAGAUGAGCUCGUUUGGCAUAUUGUAUGGAAUUUUGCCAUGUACUAUCUAUACCAGUAUGUAAAGUGAUGAUAAUGCAAGUUGUAUGGAAGUUUGAAAAUGGAUGAAAAUUUCUUGUUCUCACUGCAUAUUCUUCAGUGUUACUAAGUGAAGGAUUUAUUAGGUUGUCUAAAGUUUCUAAAUAAAAGUAGUCUGUCCAGAGUUUAAUACCCAUACAUCUUACAGUUAAUGAUGAGAAUUACAGAUAUGUUGCAGUUUUUUAGAACUCAAGCCACACUGAUGUAGGUGCUUCAACUCUAGUUUAGGAGCUUAGAUGUUCAAGUCUGAAUAUCUGAAAUUUACUGAGUAGAUUGCAACCAAAGAAGUCCAUAGAAUACCUGAAACUCAGCUACAGCUUCAGUGCUUGGGAUGGUCCAGAGGCUUUACUCAAAGUAUGUGACUUGUUUUAAAUGUGGUGUAAAAACGAGAUCUCAAAGAUCUUCAUACCAAAAGAGUCUAUUUUCUAUGUAUUGCAAAUAAAGACAAAUUAAAUCAACUUAUUUUCUUCAGGUAGUUUUCUUGAAAGUGGGGGAAAAUCACAUGUAUUAGAUGUUGUAAAGCUAUUUUAAUUUUCUGUCUUCAGCAAGAUUUUUAGCUUGCAGAAGAGAAGUUGGCUCAGUGCUCUGGUGCAACCCAAGUAGUAUUCUUUCUAGAUGGCUUUACCUGAAGAUGUUCAGGAGCCAACUAGGAAGUGCUAUGCUUUGUUAUCAGGUUGUUUUGGUUUGUUGUUUUUCUUUUUUUUAACCACAACAUUAUUUUACAGUUUUUUUUUUCUUUUAUUGUUUUCAAAUUUUCCUUCUUCAGUGUACAAGAUGGUUUGUAUUUUGAAGGUUUUAAAAAAGGCUGUAACAGAAUACAGUUGCACUCUUGUAGUGGGACAUUGUUAAUAUUAUACAGCGAAUUGUACAAAUUCUGUGUUCAGUUAAAUUAUUGGCACUUGUGACAAUUGUUUACAAAUAAACUGUGAUGUAGGUCAAA